UAUAUAGUAUCUGAGUGUAGCAGUGAAACAGUAGAAGAAAGCGGGAGAGUUUUAAAGAUGAGUGCAGUUUAUCUGCUGCUGCUGCUGGUGCUGGGCUGCAGUUUGUUGGAGGGACAGUCAGUCAGGGUGAAUAGCAUCACUCUGAGGGGUUCUGAAGACAGAGGAGACAGAGAGAACGAGAUUCAGGCUGCUGAGAAUCCCACAACUGAAGCUACAACCACAACCUCCACCCAACAAAGCUGCCAGCAGGACAUCCACUCUGUACUGAGAGAGAUGAGCGCUGUGCUGGCAGAGCUGAAAGUUGAACAGAGACACACGACGACUGCAGUGAACAACUUAGAGAGCAGACUGAGAGCCAGUGAGAGUCAAGUGGAGGAGCUGAAGAAGAAGAGUGAAGAGAAGCUGAACGACUUGAAAACAUCACUCAACAAUGAAGGAAUCAAGAAUCAAGAGAAGCUGAACGACUUGAAAACAUCACUCAACAAUGAAGUGGAGAUCUUAAAAAAGGAGAAUCAAGCUCAGGCAGUGAAUCACAGCACACUGGAGGUGAGAUUUGAGACUGAAGUGGAUGAACUGAAGACUAAAAGUGAUGAGUCACUGAAAGACUUGAAAAACUCCCUGAAGAUCACAGAGAACAAUGUGGAGAUCCUGAAAAAGGAGAACCAAGAGAGAAAAGUGGUGUUUUCAGCAUCACUUUCAGGCGGGGAAGAGGCUCAUCAUGGACCACACAGCAUUGAUGUUACUCUGGUCUACAAACACGUCUUCAUCAACAUCGGAAACGCUUACAACCCAGUUACAGGUAUUUUCACUGCCCCUGUCAGAGGAGUCUAUGAAUUCAAAAUCUACGCUUAUGGAUACAGUGGAAGAGGUGUAUCAGUGGUCUUACAGAAGAAUGGACAUCAUGUAACAGGAGCACAUGCUUAUCAACAACAAAAUGAGACAAAUUCCUCUAAUGGAGUCUCACUGUUACUGGAAGUAGGAGACGUUGUCUGUGUGAAGGUCAGAGCUAAUGCAUGGGUAUAUGACAAUACAAAUCAUCACACCACCUUUAGUGGUCAAAUGUUGUUUCCUGUUUGAGCAGUUUAACUUUAAAUGGUCAGUGUAAAGAGAUCCUGUGAUUUUCAGUAACUAACUUCAGAAUAUACAUUUUAAACUCAGAGAGGUGAAAGGUCAUCACUGUAUCCGUACUUUAUUCUUUAUUUUCUUUAAAAUCAGUAAUACUGUAUAUCUGCCUUCCAUGUUGUUGUUAUGACUAAAAGUGUGGAGGAAAAUAAGUAACUAAUAAUGUGUGAUCUUCACUAUGUUACCAUUUCACACUUAAUGAACAACAUAAUCUCUCAUGUAAUUCAUAUUGUGAUGAAAUGAGAACUGAUUUUAUAAAAGAAUAAAUCUGAACUUGUGAUCUGUAAAA